CACCGUCCGCUCCUUCUCGAUCUCGUCUCCUUCUUUCUCACUCUCUCCGCCUCUACAGUUUCUGAUAUUCUGAACCCUUGAGCUAGGUUUUACUGGGUUCAGGAGCCAUCAUUCAGCUCCUUUGGCUAGGGUUUUGGAGCUGACAGAAGGGAUCAGUAGCGGGAAACCCUAAUAGCUGUAUAAAUUUCCUGGUAAGUCUUCGAAUUUCGCAAUUCCGUGAUUUGAUUUUGUUGAGCUCGUUCAAAGUGCGAGCGGUGUUUGAGGUUUUUGCGCUAUUCUUCGGAACUCAUUUCUCGGAUUUUCGUGCUGAAAUGUGCGGGUUUCGCGGGUGAAUGCAUGGUCGGUUUUGGGAGAUUUAGUUCGAGCGGAGUGAUAUGAAGUGUUGAAUAUGAGCGAUGGAGGUGGGGAGAGUGUAAAAGAGAGUGAACGCAGCUGUGGGGCGUCGAAGAAGAAGAAGAAGGUGACGGCGAAGGACGAAUUUGCCCAGGCCAUUGCUAGAAUUGCUGUUGCUCAGAUAUGCGAGGGUGUAGGGUUUCAGAACUUUCACCAGUCCGCGAUGGAUACUCUUUCGGAUGUUGCUGUCAGAUACAUUCGAGAUGUGGGGAGAAUUGCCAAUUCGUGUGCAAAUUUAGCAGGGAGGAGCCAGUGUAAUGUGUUUGAUGUGAUUGAAGGAUUAGAAGAUUUGGGUUCCAUCCAGGGGUUUUCUGGUGCUUCUGAUGUUAGCCACUGUCUUUUGGGUUCGGGAGCAGUCAAAGACAUUAUUAGAUUUGUGGAUGAGGCUGAAGAAAUCCCAUUUCCCUACUCCAUUCCCAAAUUUCCAGUAGUUAAGAAUGGGAAACUAAAUCCUACUUAUCUGCAAACUGGAGAAAACCCACCUGAACAUGUACCUGCUUGGUUGCCUGCAUUUCCAGAUCCCAAGAGUUAUGCAGGUUUAAAUUUGGUGGAAAAGAAAGAAGCAGAUAGCAGGAUUGUUAAGGCCGAGCAAGUUGAAGAUCAUAGAAUGGCUGGCAAACUGAAUUUGCAGCAACAGUUGGCUGUUAAUGGGCGUGAAGCUGCAGUAGCUGUUGAUCCAGUAGAUGCUGCUGAGGAAAAAAGAACAGUUCAAUGUAACCCAUUUCUUGCACCACCUCUGCAAUUUGGGGAGAAGGAGGUCUCCCAAGUUGUCCUUCCAGCAAGAUUUUCUGAUGAAACCUUCAUGCAACAUUCGGAUCAUGCCAUUACAAGAAACCAUGAUUCUAUGUUGGAUGCAUUUACUCCAGCCAUUGAAGCAGUUCAGAGUAGGUCAAGUAAUCAUGAUGAUGGUGGGAAAAAGGUUCUCUUGGAAAGAAGAACUGCAGUACGAUUCCGGUUAGAAAGUCACAGAAAGACAUUAGGUAGAGCAGCAAGCCUAUGGGAUGAGGCUGAUGAGGAACUAGAUUCUCAGGUCGUCAAUGAUAAUGAGAAAGUUAACGGGAAAAGAACAGCUGAGCAAAUUCUCAAUAGUUCCAUGAAUAACUCACAGGAGCAGGCUCACUUGUAAAUUAGGCAUGUUUCAUUAGUCCUAGGAUACUCAUUUAGCAAACAGAGGCAGAUGCUGCUUCCAUGCUAAUCAAAGUAGAGGCUAGAGUUGUCCUUAUAUGGGGUUUUACAGACUGCUAGAGGGGUAUUUUCCCACUUAACAAUCCAUUGAGGUAUGUUAUUGUUAGGCAUGUCUUGAACCUUUGUACUUGAUAACUUUUCAUAAUGACAGUUGCUUUCUAUUUUUUCUA